AUGAGGACUGGGGUGGCUGCCCUGGUGGGUGGCAUUGUGGGAGUUUUGGGAGUACUGUGCUUCCUGGUAGCAUUUGGAACAGACUACUGGCUGCUGGCAAGCGAUGAUUGUGGGGUUGUUGGCCAACCAGAAACAACACACAACUUCACAGGUACCCAGAGCCCAGGCAACGGGAGUGAGGCAGUGGAGCUGACACAGGAGCCUGCCACGCCCUCUGUCAUUUUACACCAUGAAGGUUUCUUCUGGCGCUGUCUCUUCCCAGCUGAUCCCUCGUUUCAUGUUGUCUGGGCUGUUCUCUUCACAAACCAGCCAGUGCAGAAGAUCUGUACGCACGGAUACCUCUUCCCGCUCCCAGUGGCCGUGGGCCCAGUUCCCCAUCCCAUGUACGAUGCCACAGCAGUGUUCCGCGGGUUCUGGACCGUGUUUACGGUCCUGGCGGUGGUGGCUGCUCUGACCGGCGGGUUCCUGUUAGUGUGUGCCGUUCCUUUCUUCAGUCACAAACUUUACAGGACCGGUGGAGCCUUCCUCAUCACUGCUGCAUGUCUGUUCCUGGCUGUGGUGGUGUUGUUUUUGCUGUGGAAGGAGCUGGUGGAUGUGAGAAGGUAUAUUCUACAGGAGAGGGGUGAGGGGUGCCCAGAUGCCCAGGUUGAGGUGCACUACGGCUGGUCCUUCAUGGUGGUCGUGGCUGGUGUUCCCCUGGUCCUCCUGUCCGGCCUGCUCUUCCUCUGCAUAGGAAAGAGUCUCCAGAGGCAGACGUGA